AUGGACCGAAAGCAGGGCAGGCGAUGCAUUGGAGGCGUGCUUCGGCUGAACAGACCAUGCGACGCGCCGCUCUUUGCUGGUUUCCACUUCAGCACUGACCAUGGUCAUUGCAGCUGUGCAGAUGGUACUGGAGAAGGGGCUGCAAGCUGGUCAGUAGUCAUUCAGCUGAAGGUGAUGCGUGAUGGCAAGGAAGUCCAGAUCCCUGUCCCAACAGUGGUGGCAGGUGAUAUCGUGGUCUUGGGCACCGGUGACGUGGUGCCUGCCGACCUCCGCCUCUUCGAGGCGAAGGAUUUUAAGGUCAGCGAGAUGGCACUCACAGGAGAACCCGAUGAUGUGGCCAAGACUCACAAGGUGAAAGAAAAGAAGGACGGAGCUCCAGAGAAGUUGCCUGGCUCUGCAAGCGAGAUACUGCAUGCAGCGUACCUUGUAGCCACGCUUGCACAGCUGGAGCUCACUCCUGAGACCAUGGCAUUCUCCGGCUGCAGCAUCACCAGCGGAGUUGGCAAGGGCUUGGUGGUCGACACUGGCAUGAGCACACGCAUUGGACGAAUCGCCCAAUUGAUUAAUGGUGAUGCUGGAGCUAGGAAGACCACCUGCUUUUGCUUUCCGGACACCUCUGCCAAUCAGACGCCUCUGCAGCAGAAUCUGAACAAACUAGGUGCACGAAUCGGAGUCCUGGCCAUCAUCAUUUGCAUUGGCAUCUUCAUCAUCGGUUGGCUCACAGACCGCAAAGAUCCCAGCAAUCCUGACAGUCCUGCUUGGCUCUAUAUGAUUCUGGUGUCCGUCACCCUGGCAGUGGCCGCCAUCCCGGAAGGAAUUCCUCUGUGCGUCACCAUCUCUCUGCCAUUUGGCUGGACGAAUAGUGACAGUUUUGGGAUAGUCCAGCAAGAAGUGCUGGUACGAAAGAUUGCUGCUGUGGAGACUCUGGGCUCUGCCUCCGUGAUUUGCAGUGACAAGACGGGCACUUUGACGGAAGGAAAGAUGACCAUGGUAGGCAUGUAUGCUGCGGGCAACACCUACGAAGUCACCGGCAAGGGCUUUGACCCAGAGGUCGGCGGAGUGAUGCGUCAGGACGGCACUGAUGGUAGGGGUGAUAUGGGCGUGAAGAGCAAUUUGCUGACAGCCAUUCUUUGCUGCAACACUACUCUGAGCAAAGAGAAGGAUGAGGCCGGCGUAAUGAAGUGGACGCCCAAGGGCAAUUCUUCCGAAGCUCCUAUCGUAGUGGCAGCUCGCAAAGUCGGUCUCUCUGAGAACAUCGCUGGCGACUACCCUCGCGUGCUCGAAGUUCCAUUUUCCUCCUCUCGCAAGAUGAUGCUUACCGUGUCAAAGGUUGGUGGAACACACCUCUGUGAUGGUGGCAUGCCUUUGCCUGCAGGCACAAACUACUUGGCUGUUUGCAAGGGAGCUCCUAACUACAUCAUUGACUUGUGCUGUGAGCAGCUGAAGGCUGAUGGAAGUGUCGACAAGUUGACCGAUGACGACAAGGCCAACAUCUUGAAGAUUGUUGAUGGCUACUCAGCACGAGCUCUGCGUGUGCUGGCCAUUGCUGCAAGGCCAAUGUCAAAGCUUCCGUAUGAUGAAAGCAAUGAUGACAUCACCACGGACCAGAAGUUCGAGGCCUGCCGCAAGCAGCUGCGUUUGAUCGGCCUUGUGGCAUCCAUCGAUCCUGAACGUGACGGUGUGCCCGACUCUGUGGUUGCUGCACGUGGUGCUGGCAUCCGUGUGGUGAUGAUCACGGGUGACUAUUUGUUGACGGCCAUCGCCAUUGCCAAAAAUGUGAACAUCCUGCAGCCAUCAGAUGAUGUGGAGACCUCUGCCAUGGACUGCGCCAAUCUGAGACCUGAUGGCGAAUAUCUGCGGCCCGAGGAGAUGGAUUUGAUCACUCGAUCUACCCGCGUUUUUGCGCGUGCCAAGCCAGAGGACAAGCUGGAAAUUGUGAAGAGCAUUCAGCGUCAAGGUCAAGUUGCGGCAAUGACUGGCGAUGGAGUGAAUGAUGCCCCAGCGUUGAACCAAGCGGAUAUUGGCGUGGCCAUGGGCAUCCAGGGUACUGAGGUGGCGAAAGGUGCCUCCGAUAUGGUUCUCACUGAUGACAACUUCUGCUCCAUUGUCAAUGCAGUGGAAAAGGGACGUUCUAUCUAUGCGGGCAUCCAGAAGUUUGUGGCUUUCAUCAUGUCCGUGCACAUUGCUGAGGUCAUGCAGAUCUUUAUUUGUAUCGUCGUGGGCAUCCCAGUGAUGCGAACACCCUUGCAGAUCCUUUUCCUGAUCCUUGUGACCGAUCUGCCACCUUCCAUUGCUUUGGGCAUGGAGCCAGGAGAGGCCAACAUUUUGAAGAUGCGCCCACGACCCAAGGAAGAGCCCAUUGUGUUGAUGUGGAUGUGGCUGGCAAUGAUCAUGAACGGCGCCGUGCUCACGAUUGUCGUCGUGGCCGUCUACCUGAUCUCCCUGGUCAAUUAUUGCGACGGCGAAAUCCUUCAGGAAAACAUCUAUUUGCUCGACAGUUAUACUGAGAGGCUCAGCAAAGCGCAGACCGUCGCUUUCAUCUCCCUGGUGUGGUCGGAAAAUAUCCGUGCCUACAUCUCACGAUCCUUCACAAACCCAAUGUGGCAUGAUAUUCUUGGGAACAAGCACAUGCAGAAGGCUAUCGUGAUGGCGCAGAUCUGCCUUUAUGUUGCUGUCCUGACCCCCUACCUGUCGGACCGAAUCUUGGGCCUUCGCGGCUUGGAGAUUGGAUUCUUCGGUUGGGUUUUGGCACUGGCAGGCCCCGUGGGCUGCUUCAUCCUGAGUGAGUCCUGCAAGCUCAUCAGUGCGUACCAGGCCAAGAAGCAUCAGGACAGCCUCUCCAUGGCAGACACGCCGCCUGCAGCUGCUCCCAUCAAGGUGGUGGGAUCGAAGAAUGCGAAAAUGGCCGCACCCGUUCCUGUGCAGCCUGUGAAGAAGGGAUGGUUCCAGUGCUGUAUGGGAGGGAUCUUUUGAGCCUCUCUGAGCCUCUCUCCGCGACACGUCCAGCCUCCCACUGAGUGGUUCAGGCUGGCGAAUACCACAGAUGGUCGCUUGAGCCACUUUUGGCGCCGGAUUCGUCGCUUAGUGACGAAUACGGCGAUGUGUUGCGAAGCCUCAAACCGCGCAGACACUGCUGCGGGGAGCUCGGCGAGUCGCAGGUCUGUAACAGAGCGCCAAAAUGAU